UGAAUGGAACAAAAAUGCAAGAAUUUACUCAAAGUCAUUGGGUGGACUGGAAUUCCACUCAAAACAUCAAUGAGAUUUUUGGCUGAGAUCGUGUUGUCUACUUUGAUGCCAACAUCCUGUUGAAAAUUUUAAUAAUCGAAUUCUUUGGAGCGUCCGAUAUAUAAGAUUGACGGGAUCUGAUUAAUAUUACUGGAGGCGUUCAGAUGCCCAAGUCUUCAAGGCAAGUGACGUGCGAGGAGGCAUCCAAAGUCUUAACGAAAGACAUCUGAUGGGCACUUCCUAACUGUUCUUAGCUCUUACAGAAUGCAACAAAAGGAAUUCCAACGAAAAUCAUGGCUACAAUCUUGGGCGCUCCACAUCAUGGGUUCCCAACUUAGUCAGGAAUUGUGAAUCAAACUGAGGCGAGUUCCAUAAUAAGGCAUGAUAAAAGCACAAACAUUUUCACGCCACGGCCCCCCUUGUUUCUUUCUUGGUGGGGCGAGAGAGAGAGGGAGGGAGGCAGCGUCAUUCCACGUUUUCGUCUUACUGAUUUCCACGCAAAACAAACGCCGUCAGUUGCUCUGCCCCUCAAAAUCCAGAAACUUCACCCUUCCUCCAUCUUCUCCUCGUCCUCGUCGCCGCCCUCGUCCGCGUCCUGUUCAGCAUUUCUUAGUUGUUCAUCGUUUUAACCAUCGUCCGUUGUUCGUGAUUGUUUUUGCUCUCAAACGAACAUUCUGUUCAAAUUCCUCUCUCUCUUUCUCUGUCUCUGUCUCCCUCGUUCUCUCUCUGACUCAGAACUGAAUGCAUUCACAAUACUAGAGGUCGAUCGAUCUUUCCUCUGUACAAUCUUGAUGAACAUUUCGUUCUACUGUGAUAUUGGAAGUGGGCAGUCAAAUAAUUGUUGAUAAACGAAAUUCGAGGUCAGGGGUGCAGAGGAUUGAGAACAACAGCAAGGGAGUAUGAAUUGCUUCGCUUGUUUUAGAUCUGGCGAAAACAAGCGUUUGUCAAGGAGCCAGGCGAAGGGAGAGGCUGUUCCUCUAGCAACGCUUUUUGAAAACAUCUCUUUUAAAGCUGACAGUUUCAGGCAUAAGUUGAUAUCCGAGGAAAUCCAAAAACUUGGCAAUGGUAACAUCACUACGAGAAUUUUCAAAUUCAAUGAGUUAGCAGAAGCUACAGACAAUUUCAAAGCUGAUUGUUUAGUGGGUGAAGGAGGUUUUGGAAGAGUUUAUAAAGGCCAGCUUAAAAGCACAGGACAAGCUGUGGCUGUAAAGCAGCUUGACCGAAAUGGCCUGCAAGGAAACAGGGAGUUCCUUGUCGAAGUCCUGAUGUUGAGCCUCCUCCAUCAUCCUAAUCUUGUAAAUCUCAUCGGAUAUUGCGCAGAAGGUGACCAAAGGGUUUUGGUAUAUGAAUACAUGCCACUGGGAUGUUUGGAAGAUCACCUUCUUGACUUGGCACCAGGAAAGAAUCCAUUGGAGUGGCAUAUCAGGAUGAAAAUAGCUGCAGGUGCAGCCAGAGGUUUAGAGUACUUGCAUGAUGAAGCUAACCCACCUGUCAUCUACCGUGAUUUUAAAGCAUCAAACAUUUUACUUGAUGAGGAAUUCCAUCCAAAGCUGUCUGAUUUUGGACUUGCUCGACACGGUCCGGUGGGCGACAAGAGCCAUGUCUCAACAAGGGUGAUGGGCACGUAUGGCUACUGUGCACCUGAAUAUGCAAUGACAGGCCAACUGACUACAAGAUCCGAUGUUUACAGUUUUGGUGUCGUCCUCCUUGAAAUUAUUACAGGAAGGAGAGCUGUUGACAAUGCUAGACCAACAAGCGAGCAGAACCUUGUUUCUUGGGCACAACCACUAUUCAAGGACCGAAGGAAGUUUACUCAGAUGGCUGACCCCUUGCUUGAGGGAAAAUAUCCCAUCAAGGGUCUUUACCAAGCUCUUGCUGUCGCCGCUAUGUGCCUCCAAGAAGAAGCCAGUACACGGCCUCUGAUGGGCGAUGUUGUUACAGCACUUGAACAUUUAGCAACACAGAAUAUUGAUCCUGAGAAAAGCUUGAGUACCCAUGAGACGACAAUGCCAAUCAAUCAAGCAAGCGAAACCACUGCAGAAGGAGAUGAAAAUUCUCAGGAACCAUUGCCUUCAUCAACAGAAAGAGAUGGUGAAAAUUGUCCAGAUGUUGUUCCACGUGAGGUGUCAUCACCACUGGAAGAUGAGAAGAUCAAUAUCAAUUGCAAUGAAGAUGGAGAUCCAGCAGAAAUUUCUUCAACUGCUCAAAACGAACAUGAUAUUUCCAAUGAAAAUGCUGACCUAAAGGCGUUGCCUACAUAAGAGAAGUUGGAAGAAUUCAUGUUAGGUCUGAGGGAAAACAUGAGAACACACGGAGUGCCAGGAAGAAUGGCAGGGGGGAGGAGAAUGAUCAUGGAAAUUUAGGGUGCUAGCUAUGCACCAUGUUUCAUUGUGUAUAAAGCCUACUUGUGCUUGUUCAGGACCCCUCCAUGGUUGAAGUUUGAAUGUCAAAUGAGACCACAUUCAUCUAUCAGUUUCACUGUCGUUCGUAAUUCAUCGUCACAGUAGUGACCUAAUUAUAUAAAGUCUGGAAGCGCUCAGUUAGUCGAAACAAAAUGCUUUUUUUUCAUCUUCA